AUGGACAUUUUCUCCAAAGCCCCGUUUGUCUGCAAGGGCAGCUUGGCUUCUUCCCAGCCAGAAGAGGCAGAUGUGUUUUUGAGAGCUCCUUUUACCAAGAAGAAAAGUUUGGAGGAGCUAACAGUUGCCCAGAGCACCUCCCAGGAGUUGCCUACACAGGUUAGUGUCCUCAACCAGACAGGUGAUGUCCUGACCGGGGCCACCCCUCUGCUCUCGAGCCUUGAUAGAGCAGUGUAUACCGCUGUGCGAGUUCAGUAUGCUGGGGCUGCUUUCGUCCAGCAACCUCAUCUCCCUUCCCACUCUGUAAAAACAGCAGACCAUCUCAACAGCAUCUCUCCCAGGGGACCCUCCCUGGAACCUGGGGGCCAUCCUAACGACAAAAACAAAGGACCGAAAGAGGCGGUGUCAGGUCCUGUGGCUGGCAAACCAUUUCUCCCCACAUCUUUAUCCAAAUAUUCCCGUCACUAUAGCCCAGAAGACGAGCCAAGUCCAGACACCCAGCCCGUCGCUGCCUACAAGAUUGUCUCACAAACCAACAUACAAUCGAUAGCUGGCUCAGUAUCCAUCACACCUCUUUCCUCCAGGACUACAGAGCUGCCAGCUGCUGACCCUUUUUCUUUAGCACCCUUUCCUUCAAAAUCCAGCAAGCAGAAACCAUAG